GACAGACAGACAGACAGACAGAGAGAGAGAGAGAGAGACUGUAACGAUGGCCCCUCUGAAUAAUAUUUUCAAUUUGUGCUGCAAAAGUCUUCAGAGCGACCUGCUAAACAGGCGGUGGUCCCUCGCGUUACGCGCCCUGCACAAGACGGCGGCCAGCGAGGUGCUGCGGAUCUCCACGGCGGAAGGAGAAGAGGGCAUGGCCGAGACUCUGAUCACGUCGGCGCCUGUCGGAAAGAAAACCGCUGCGAAGACGCUGAAGGAGAUGCCCGGACCCAGUACCUUGAGCAACUUGAUUGAGUUCUUCUACCGGGACGGGUUUAGCAGAAUUCACGAAAUCCAGAAGGAGCACCGGCAGAAGUUUGGGAAGAUUUUCAAGUCCCGUUUUGGGCCCCAGCUGGUGGUAUCAAUAGCAGAUCGUGACCUGGUGGCUCAGGUGCUAAGGGCCGAGGGCGUUGCCCCUCAGAGAGCCAACAUGGAGUCCUGGAAGGAGUACAGGGACAUGAGGGGCCGUUCCACAGGCCUCAUCUCCGCUGAAGGAGAGGACUGGCUGAAGAUGCGGAGCGUGCUUAGACAGCUCAUCAUGCGUCCGCGCGACGUCGCAGUGUUCUCUGACGACGUCAACAACGUGGUCGACGACCUGGUGAAAAGAGUCUGCGUGCUACGCAGCCAGGGGGCUGAUGGAGCCAGCAUCUUCAACAUCAACGACCUCUUCUUCAAAUAUGCCAUGGAAGGUGUAGCAGCCAUUUUGUAUGAGUGCCGGUUAGGCUGUUUGGAGGAUGAGAUUCCCCAGGAAACUCAAGACUACAUCAGUGCACUUCACCUCAUGUUCAGCUCCUUCAAGACCACCAUGUACGCUGGGGCAAUCCCCAAGUGGCUACGGCCCGUCAUCCCCAAACCGUGGGAGGAGUUCUGCCGCUCUUGGGACGGCCUCUUCAGAUUCAGCCGGAUCCAUGUUGACCGAAGGCUGCAGGGGCUCAAGGCCCAGCUGGAGAGGGGAGAGGAGGUGAAGGGGGGGCUGCUCACACACAUGCUAGUUACCAAGGAGAUGAACCUUGAGGAGAUCUACGCCAACAUGACGGAGAUGCUCCUGGCUGGGGUUGACACGACAUCUUUCACGCUCUCCUGGGCCAUCUACCUGCUAGCGUGUAACCCUAAGGCGCAGCAGCAGAUCUAUGUGGAGGUGACCAAGACGCUGGGACACGCAACAGUCGCCACUGCUGACGACAUCCCAAAUCUGCCCCUCAUCAGAGGCCUGGUCAAAGAGACUCUCAGGCUCUUUCCAGUUCUCCCUGGCAAUGGGCGGAUUACCCAGGAUGACUUGGUGCUGGACGGUUACUUCAUCCCCAAAGGGACUCAGCUGGCCCUGUGUCACUACUCGACAUCCUUAGAUGAGGAGAACUUCCCUGCUCCAUCAGACUUCCGCCCAGAUCGUUGGAUUCGGAAAGACUCCACGGACCGCGUUGACAACUUUGGCUCGAUCCCCUUUGGCUACGGCAUCAGAAGCUGCAUUGGCAGGAGGGUAGCGGAGUUAGAAAUGCACCUGGCACUGACAAGGCUUAUCCAGAGGUUUCAGAUUGGUCUUUCACCCCUUACUGCUGAUGUCAAGGCCAAAACCCACGGUCUGCUCUGCCCGGGUGCACCAAUCAACGUACAGUUCUUCGACAGGCAACGCUAGAGAUGCACUACCCUUUCUGAGUUCUUUGUAUGUGUUUCAAUUGUUGCUGAAGCCCAGCAUCACUAUUAGGGACGUUGAGCACACUGGUUUUUAGUACACUUUCUCCAUUAGGUCACAGAUUAUCAUUGCCGAUCUGUGACUGAGGUUUUACUCAGGCAUGAAAUGUUUUUCUUUUGUUGUUUUUUUUAUCUUUCUGUGUUUGAUAGUAGACAUAAAAAAUAUUACUGGACCAAUUAUGUAAAGACAAAUGUUGUUUUUUUAUUUGUUCAUUGUUUUUAAUUACUGAAAAUGACCUUGGUUCCUUUUUUUUCUAUGUACUAAUACUUCACCCAUUAUUCUAUCUAAAGUGGUUGUAGACAACUUUUCAACUCCCCCCCUGUAGCAUUUCUGUAGCAUUUCGCUUUCAGUUUAUUAGCAGCCUGGCUACUGUCCAA